CGACGGUUCAUAUAGUUACUCCUCGAAGCUUUCCGGAAAUUUUCAUUAAGCUUUGCAGGAGACGGUCAAGGAGCAACGACAUAUAGAAAAGGUUAUCAUGAAGGGAUCGCUACUGUUAAUCGCUUGCCUGUUGGCUCUGACACUGAUGACUGUUGAAGGAAAAUCUGUCUUGAAACAGAAAGAGGAACCAAACGACAAGGAAACAGAAACGGAAGGAGAUAGCGAAGACAAGGAAGUGGAAGAUUCUUCUGCGUCCGGAAGUGGAUCGGGAAAAGGAAAGGACUGUUACGGCCAAGGAUGUGGAGGAUACCCUUACCCACAGCAGCCACAAUAUCCAUAUCCUCAGCAGCCAUACCCUCAGCAGCCAUACCCUCAGCAGCCUUACCCCCCUCAGCAGCCCUACCCCCCUCAGCAGCCCUACCCAUACCCCGCACCAUAUCCAUCAAGCUCACCUUGUGGAACUCCCGGAUGCAUGAAAUUUAAGAAGGGCAAGAAAGAGAGCUCGAAAGGAAAGAAAAUCAGCGACGAAAAGAAGCACAAGAAGCAUCAUUAACUUGGAUAACAGAAAUUAUUCGCACAUUGAUAAUUUUUCGAGGAGAAAAUAUCUUAAACUCACAUGUUGAGUACCUCAGGGAGCGCUCAAAUGAGGCUUUUACAUGUCCCAAACAUUUCUGAGUAUAGAUUUUCUUCGGAGCUGAAAAUAAAUACUUGAAAUAAUCUUGAAACUGUA